CUCUCUCUCUGAUCCUCCCUGAGUGAGUGACGUCACGUUGCCAUGGUGCUGUUAUUACGCUACACGGGGGAGGGGGGAUAUUUCAGCACCACAUCUCAGCGGAGAGCUCACUCCUCACUCUUCUCUCUCCAGCUGCGGCUUCCAUGCUGGAGCUCCAGAUAGUCAACCGCCACCGGAGACCCCAAUCAACUGCCACCGUCACCGGAGACCCCAAUCAACUGCCACCGGACCGGAGACCCCAAUCAACUGCCAGCGGACCGGAGACCCCAAUCAACUGCCACCGGACCGGAGACCCCAAUCAACUGCCACCGGAGACCCCAAUCAACUGCCACCGGACCGGAGACCCCAAUCAACUGCCACCGGACCGGAGACCCCAAUCAACUGCCAGCGGACCGGAGACCCCAAUCAACUGCCCCUCAGCUGGAGGAGAGCCCGGCACUGGCCAGAGGGCAACUGUGGCUGGAGAGCGCCAAAGACCACCGGUGACUGGCUGGAGAACAGAAGACCACCGGCCACUGUCUAUAGAGUAUAGAAGGCCACCGGCCACUGGCUGGAGAACAGAAGACCACCGGCCACUGUCUAUAGAGUACAGAAGACCACCGGCCACUGUCUAUAGAGUACAGAAGACCACCGGCCACUGUCUAUAGAGUACAGAAGACCACCGGCCACUGUCUAUAGAGAACAGAAGACCACCGGCCACUGUCUAUAGAGUACAGAAGAUCACCGACCACUGUCUAUAGAGUACAGAAGACCACCGGCCACUGUCUAUAGAGUACAGAAGACCACCGGCCACUGGCUGGAGAACAGAAGACCACCGGCCACUGUCUAUAGAGUACAGAAGACCACCGACCACUGUCUAUAGAGUACAGAAGACCACCGACCACUGUCUAUAGAGUACAGAAGACCACCGGCCACUGGCUAUAGAGUACAGAAGACCACCGGCCACUGGCUAUAGAGUACAGAAGACCACCGGCCACUGUCUAUCGAGUACAGAAGACCACCGGCCACUGUCUAUAGAGUACAGAAGACCACCGGCCACUGGCUAUAGAGUACAGAAGACCACCGGCCACUGGCUAUAGAGUACAGAAGACCACUGGCCACUGGCUAUAGAGUACAGAAGACCACCGGCCACUGGCUAUAGAGUACAGAAGACCACCGGCCACUGUCUACAGAGUACAGAAGACCACCGGCCACUGGCUAUAGAGUACAGAAGACCACUGGCCACUGUCUAUAGAGUACAGAAGACCACCGGCCACUGUCUAUAGAGUACAGAAGACCACCGGCCACUGUCUAUAGAGUACAGAAGACCACCGGCCACUGUCUAUAGAGAACAGAAGACCACCGGCCACUGUCUAUAGAGAACAGAAGACCACCGGCCACUGUCUAUAGAGUACAGAAGACCACCGGCCACUGUCUAUAGAGUACAGAAGACCACCGGCCACUGUCUAUAGAGUACAGAAGACCACCGGCCACUGUCUAUAGAGAACAGAAGACCACCGGCCACUGCCUAUAGAGUACAGAAGACCACCGGCCACUGGCUAUAGAGUACAGAAGACCACCGGCCACUGUCUACAGAGUACAGAAGACCACUGGCCACUGGCUAUAGAGUACAGAAGACCACCGGCCACUGUCUAUAGAGUACAGAAGACCACCGGCCACUGGCUAUAGAGUACAGAAGACCACCGGCCACUGGCUAUAGAGUACAGAAGACCACCGGCCACUGGACACCACUGGUUUGGAAAGCCACCAGUUGGAAGACGAGGAUUAUUGGUUGCGGACUGAAGGAGACUCCGGGAUAUCGGCUUAGAGGGGAGAAGAUCAUUGGCCGAGGACAUUACUGGGAGCAGAACCCACAGACCUCUCAGGUGGCUCCUCCCUGUUCCCUCUCCAGUCAUCUUCCAUCCCGUGAGAGAUUCAUGAGCGAUCGGAUUCCCAUCUGUACCUUCCAGUUGACGCGCUGAGCGGCCGCCAUGACCGACAAAUCCGAGUGCAGAUUCAGCAACCUGACGGAAGAUCAGAUCACCAUCCUUGACCAGGUCCUGUCGGAGGCGACGCCAAUCCACGGGCGGGGCAACUUCCCCACCAUGGAAGUCAAGCCCAAGGACAUUAUUCGCAUGGUGAAGGACCAACUGGCGCAGAAGGCCAUCGCCAUUCGGGACAUUCGGCUGAACGGAUCCACGGCCAGCCACAUCCUCAUGCAGCAGAACGGCACGAGCUGCAAGGACCUGGACAUUAUUUUCGGGGUGGAGCUUCCGGGGGAAGCGGCCUUCCAGACGGUGAAAGAGAUCGUCUUGGAUUCCCUCUUGGAUUUCCUUCCCAAGUGCGUGAACAAAGAGAGGAUCACGGCCCUGACCAUGAAUGAAGCCUACGUCCAGAAGAUGGUGAAGGUCUACACCGAGCACGACCGCUGGAGUCUCAUCUCCUUGUCCAACAACAGCGGGAAGAACGUGGAGCUGAAGUUCGUCCAUUCUUUGCGGAGACAGUUUGAGUUCAGCGUCGACUCUUUUCAGAUCGUCUUGGAUACCAUCCUGGACAUCUACGCCGAAAACGACGGCGAGCUGAGCCCCGGUUCGCACCCGACCGUCCUGGCAGAGAGCAUGUACGGGGACUUCACCGAGUCCAUGGAGCACCUAAAAGGUAAACUGAUAGCGACCAGGAAUCCGGAGGAGAUCCGCGGGGGCGGGCUUCUGAAAUACUCCAACCUCCUAGUA